AUGAAGAUUGACCAUAACCGAACUAUACUCGACACAACAGCCUGCGCAACUUACACGGAACUGAUCAUAACGGACUCAACAAAACCGUACGUAAUUGGUACCCAAAUACAUCACAACUCCACCGCCGAUGGCAUCUUGAAAGUCGUUCUGGUAGAUACUAUAGCCUCAGGCACCGGCGACUGGCUAUUUAACGCAACACAAACUUUGCAAUAUGUGCUACAGGAGAGCUGGGCCACGAUCCCACAGGAAAAGCGCGAUAGCCGGGAAACACUCCAGGCAGUAGGAGACGCAUAUCUCGACCUUUGGGGCAAUCCGGACGCACCGGUUCCUUGGGGAACGCCUUGUAGGCGCCUGGAGGGUAGUUCUUACACUGGUAAGGGCCUGCCAACGGACUCGUGCAACGUUGGAAUCCCAGGUGGUACCCAGCCACCGAAUACGGACCGGCGCUACGUUAUAGACGAGACGGUUGGUUCUGUAGAUGUGCUUUGCACCUUUGGAACCAUGCGGGAUGCACCCGACAGCCAUGAGCUCCGCCUUGAGGGGGGGAAGCUGCGGUUUGUCUACACCAUGACUGUUAUGACUGCAAGUUGA